ACGUAGAAAUGCGCUGGAGACUGCUAGAAUGGCAAAUGUCAAUUUAGUAAAUUAAACUUUUGUUGUGAAUGAUGGUUAUAAAUGCAUUGAGCAAACGUCUUGCAAAAACGAAAAUACCCUGAAAGAAGAAAUUUGUGCGGAAGAAAAAUUGUGCUUUUUUCUAGAAACAUUACUACUUGUACCAUUAAAUAGAAAAUGAAGUUGAUAAAAAUUUUGUAUAAAGUUUACAUGUCAGCAACACUAGUCACAAACAAAUAAAUAUGUAAUUAAAUUAGUUUGCUAUAAAUAAAAAUAACAACCCAUGUUGUCGUUUUAUUGUUAAUGUGGGUGUACGUCUUAAACGAUUGUCUAGACUUGAUCUUUUCUUUGUAACAGAAAGUUUGGGUUCUUCUAACAUAUCGUUAGCAACUACAAUUGCCAGCAAUGCUUCUUCAUCGCCGUCUGGUAGCAGUAAACAGACGGCCAUUAUUGCAGUUUUAGCAACCGUGACUACUCUAGUUGCGGUUAUUUUGACAGUUUGCUUCGUUUCGUAUUUGUACAAAAAAACAAAAAGGUCUCUUUUGGAUCAAGAAUCUGAAAAGUCAUUGCAGGGUUUGGAGACAGUGGUCAACAUUUGCAAUCAAGAAUAUUGGGAAGUUGAUCGCGCUCGUCUAAAAGUUCACGAUCAAGUUGGUCAUGGAUUUUUCGCCACAAUCUAUAGAGCAGAAGCUUAUGAAAUUAUUUUCUCUAAAACCUGGACUACAGUCGCAAUAAAGAUGGCAGCCGUAAACGAAGAUGACGACUGCCCACAAAAUGAAGCUUCUCUACAGGCAGAAGCGCAGCUCUUCGCCGCCAUGGGUGACAACAAACAUGACCAUGUUGUUCGCUUACUGGGGAUUUGCUCUAGACAAGGACCUCUUUGGCUGAUUUUUGAGUACGCGCGUUACGGCAACUUCAUGAGGUAUUUACGAGAUCACAGAGAAUCAGAAUACCAUGAAGAGGAUUGCUCCAGUACCAGCAGCAGAAACCACAAAAUGCAGUUCAUAACUGCACAGAAAAUGUUUCAAUUUGCUUUGCAAAUUGCAUCAGGCAUGGAAUAUCUCAUUAGCAAAAAGAUUCUUCACUGCGAUCUAGCAGCUCGAAAUGUGCUUGUAUUCGAUAACGAAGUUCUUAAGAUUUGUGAUUUUGGAAUGGCAAAGGACGUAAAGUAUCACGGUUAUUAUUUCCGUCAAUCGAAGCGUAUGUUGCCUGUAAAAUGGAUGUCUCCCGAGUCUAUGAUGGACAAAUUAUACACAGAAGCGAGCGACGUGUGGUCCUUCGGAGUGCUCCUUUGGGAGAUCGCUACACUUGGAGGCACUCCUUAUCCCAGCGUUCCCCCAGAAAGACUCUACGAUCUUCUUACCAGUGGCUACCGAAUGAGUUGUCCCCUAGACUGUCCACGUCGUUUACACGACAUCAUGCUGCUGUGUUGGGCAGCUGAUGUGAACGAAAGACCUACAUUUGAAGCUCUCUCGCAACUUUUUUCUAAAAUUGUGAAGGAGACUAAUUGAAAAUGAGAUGUGGAUAUUGAAUGUUUGACAGGUUGUUUCUGUGAGGGUAACUCUUCCAUAAAUGGAUGUAAUUUAGAAUUGUGAGUGCGUCUUAAGUCUAUUUAGAACACGUGAUGGAGCAGUAUGUCGUAGAUUAACACCAAAGUGGCUGUUGUAAUGUCAGAUUAGCUAUAGUCACAAUCAAGUUAAUAAU